AUGGGGAGGGGUGGCGGGAGACGGGGGAGGACUCUGUAUGAACCCAUCAAUCCAGACCGGGACACCCUGCCAGACCUGUCCCUGGAUGGAGCUAUCGAACUAGAGCAAGAGAAGAUCUUCCUCAAGAACUUGGCUCCUGUCUUAGAACAAGCCAACUUCAACACUCUGUCAGACGACAUUAUUCAAUAUGCUCUGAGCUACCACGACCCACUGUUCAAAUCACAGGUUAUCGCUGAAAUUGAGAACUAUGAGUACGUGAAAUUCUGGGCUCUCGGAUUGAGGCCUGGCGCACCCCCGAUGGAGAGACAGAGGAGCAUCGAGUCCAGCAAGUGGUGGCCUUUCUCCCGCAUGGUUAAAGCUCCCAUGCACCG